AUGACCGGGACGGAUGAUGCAGGCGGGAGAAAUGCCCCGCCCACGUGGAAUGGCGACGCAGCCACUUUCCAGGAGUACGAGGAGGCGUGUCUCCUGUGGGAACAGGCCACAGCGUGGGAGAAGCGCUACUUGUGUGGCCCCAAGUUGGCUGCGGCUUUGACAGGAUCCGCUAAGAGACAUGUCUCAGGCAAGAACCCCAGUUGGUUGUCACAUGGUCGCGGGGUGAGCGACCUCCUCAACCACCUGAGGAGCAGUCUGGGCAGGCCACAAGUCUCCGACUUGACUGAUCAUUUGAGCCGCUACUUCAAAGGAUCGAGGCGGCGAUCAGGAGAGAGUGUCAAUGACUACAUAUCUCGGAAGUCCGAGAUUUACCUUCGAGCUUGCCAAGCUCUGCAAAGGGUUAGCCCUCUUCAGAAGACCAAGUCCCGACCGAAGACCAAUGGGACGGGGUGGAACAACCCGACGUGGAGCCGGAGGACGAGCUAUGAUGCUGGAGACCAAGGCGAGAAUGUCGAUGCGGAGGCGGAGGACGGAAGCGAGGAGAAUCAGCGGUCCGAGCAGGACGCAGGAAGCUGGUGGGAUGACCAGUGGUCCAACCGAUCCAGUUGGACCAGUGGAUGGGGAUCCAGCUGGUGGGGCUCGCAGUGGUCGUGGCAAGCGUACCAGGCUUACGACAGCUAUGCGACCGAGCCCAACACCCCAGAACUCCUUCCGGAUUAUGUGCAGGGAUGGUACUUGUUGCACGACUCAGGACUUUCAGGCCAAGAACGAAACGUGGUGCAGACGGCGCUGCAGGGCGACUUCUCAGUGGCUCGCGUGGCUCAGGAGCUUCGAAAUCAAUGUGCCGUCUUGGAUACCCAGCGCCGGGAGUAUGGAGCUCGCGGCAGUGGCUACCUCGGCGACAUCCAGGAUGCGGAGUUCGAGGAGCCGGAGGCCAUGGAUGACAGCUUCCUCGGAGACCUUAUCGAGGAAGAGAUGGAGUCGUGGGAGAUUGCCGAGAACGACGCCCAAGAGGCGAUGGCAGCUUUGCACCACGCAAAGAGGACGCUCCGGGAGGCGCGGCAGCGCCAAAACAGCGUUCGCCUGUCGCGACAGUACUUUAGAACCAAUGCCGGCAAUCACUCCCACAGCAGUGCCAAGCCGCGUGAUGAUAGCAAGAUCCAUUGCUUGCGAUGUGGGCAGCUUGGCCACCGUGUAGCCAAUUGUCCCCAACCAGUGCAAGCACCUCAGGCCGCCAAAGUUGCAGAACCAGUGGAGGCUACCUCAUCAUUCAUUUGCUACCACGAGUUGAUGGAAGAGCAGAGCGCCAUGUCCUCAGAGGUCGAGACGGCGUUCCUGCAGGGAGUGAGCACGGCGGAAGCCGUAUCCCAAGGAAAAGCUGUGAUUGAUGGCGGCGCCACUCGGACUUUGGCGUCAUGUGCAGCAAUGGAAGCUAUCAUGGCCUUGAAUGCAAAGAAGACCGGCCGCAAUGGGCUGCUGAAGGUGGACAAGAAGGACUGCCCCGUCUUCGGCUUCGGCAAUGGCGAGACCAACAAGUGUACGGCGACGGUACAGUUGGCCAUUCGCGCAGAUGAAAAAGCAGGAGCCUUGACAGUCCAUUGUCUCGACAAAGGAGAUGGGAAGGGAUCCGAGCCACCGGAACACGGGGUGAAAAACACUCUGAGCACUGCUGCCAAUGGCAGCAACCUGGAGAGCUUGAAGGCCGAGCUUCUUCAGGCAGGAGAGGAAGUUCCCACACGCUGGACCAAGAUGGACAUGGAACAGCGUCUCCGAGAAUUACGCGAGCAAGGACUGGCGGAUUCGGAGGAGAGCGGGAAGGGCAGCCUCUCGACCAUGGAGAGCAUGAACAAAGAGCUACGUCGGGCAGCCCGCAAAAAGGCUACCUUGCAGGAGUUCUGCCGCGAGACGCUGGGACUCAAGCUGACGGGGAACGAGGUGAUGUCGGUCCUCGAGGGCAAAGCCUUGAAGGAGAUCAUGAUGAAGACGCCUGCCGAGCCGGAGGACUACGUGGGAUUCGGCCGCUUCAGCAAGGAGCGCUACCAGACGGUGUUGACACAGCAGACGGACUAUGCAGAUUGGGUGGUGACCACCUACCAGGAGUCCGGAGAGGAAGCCGUGGAUGCCCGACUGGCCCGUCUGGCCAAAUGGCUUAUCCAGCAGAAGCAGGUGCGACGCGGUCCAGCGAAGGAGCCUUUCCCGACCAAGGGCUACAUGUUGGAGCGCAAGGGCAUGGGCAAGGCAGCAAAGGGAGGCGAAAAGUACGUUUCCAAAUCCCGGGGAAGCCAGGAUGCAGCGGAAGCUGUGGAAUCGGAUGCCAAGGUGAAGGAUCGUCAGAUGGCAGCGAUGGCCGAGACCUUGGAGCUCCUCAGGGCGGAGAUGGCGGAGCUGAAGGCCGAGCGCCCUCGGAAGACGGUGGCCAAGGCCGACGACGAGGGGACGACGGACUCCUCCUUCAGCAUGAUGUGA